CCACAAGCCCCAGAAGCCCUCGCGGCCACUCUUCUCCCUCCCCUCAGGAGUCUGAGUGCUGUUUUUGUUGUUGGUGAAAGGUGAGGGGAACAGCUGAUCCGUCUGUGGGAGGGCAGAUAUCUCAAGGGCAGUAUGGAAGAAUCAUCACUAAACCGGGCACCAUCCCGGGGUGGAGUCAACUUUCUGAAUGUAGCUCGGACCUACAUCCCCAACACCAAGGUGGAAUGUCACUACACCCUUCCCCCAGGCACCAUGCCUAGUGCCAGUGACUGGAUUGGUAUCUUCAAGGUGGAGGCCGCCUGUGUUCGGGAUUACCACACUUUUGUGUGGUCUUCGGUGCCUGAAAGUACAACUGAUGGUUCUCCCAUCCACACCAGUGUCCAGUUCCAAGCCAGCUACCUACCCAAACCAGGAGCCCAGCUCUACCAGUUCCGAUAUGUGAACCGCCAAGGCCGGGUGUGUGGGCAGAGCCCCCCUUUCCAGUUCCGAGAACCAAGGCCCAUGGAUGAACUGGUGACCUUGGAGGAAGCAGAUGGCGGCUCUGACAUCCUUCUGGUGGUCCCCAAGGCAACUGUGCUACAGAACCAGCUGGAUGAGAGCCAACAAGAACGGAAUGACCUGAUGCAGCUGAAGCUGCAGCUGGAGGGGCAGGUGACAGAGCUGAGAAGUCAAGUGCAGGAGCUCGAGAGGGCUCUGGCAACUGCCAAGCAGGAGCACGUGGAGCUGAUGGAGCAGUACAAGGGGAUUUCUCGGUCCCAUGGGGAGCUCACAGAAGAGAGGGACAUCCUGAGCAGGCAACAGGGAGACCAUGUGGCACGUAUCCUGGAGCUGGAGGAUGACAUCCAAACCAUCAGUGAGAAAGUGCUGACAAAGGAGGUGGAGCUGGACAGGGUUAGAGACGCAGUGAAAGCCCUGACUCGGGAACAAGAGAAACUCCUUGGGCAACUGAAGGAAAUGCAAGCAGACAGAGAGCAAAGUGAGGCUGAGCUCCAAAUGGCACAGCAGGAGAACCAUCACUUAAAUUUGGAGCUGCAGGAGGCCAAGAGCCAGCAAGAGGAACAGCGUGCUGAGGUCCAGCGACUAAAGGACAAAGUGACCCAGAUGAAGGAUAACCUAAGCCAGGCCCAGCAGCGAGUGGCUGAGCUGGAGCCCCUGAAGGAGCAGCUUCGAGGGUCCCAGGAGCUUGCUGCCUCAAGCCAGCAGAAGGCCACCCUCCUUGGAGAGGAGUUGGCCAGUGCAGCCGCAGCCAGAGACCGCACCAUAGCCGAGUUGCACCGCAGCCGCCUGGAAGUGGCUGAAGUCAAUGGCAGGCUGGCUGAGCUCAGUUUGCACUUGAAGGACGAAAAAUGCCAGUGGAGCAAGGAGCGGGCAGGGCUGCUGCAGAGUGUGGAGGCAGAAAAGGACAAGAUCUUGAAGCUGAGUGCAGAGAUACUUCGACUGGAGAAGGCAGUUCAGGAGGAAAGGACCCAGAAUCAAGUGUUCAAGGCUGAACUGGCCCGGGAAAAGGAUUCUAGCCUGGUGCAGUUGUCAGAGAGUAAGCGGGAGCUGACAGAGCUGCGGUCAGCCCUGCGUGUGCUCCAGAAAGAAAAGGAGCAGUUACAAGAGGAGAAGCAGGAACUGCUAGAGUACAUGAGAAAGCUUGAGGCCCGCCUAGAGAAGGUGGCAGAUGAGAAGUGGAAUGAGGAUGCUGCCACAGAGGAUGAGGAGGCCACUGCAGGGCUGAGCUGCCCAGCAGCUCUGACAGACUCAGAGGACGAGUCCCCAGAAGACAUGAGGCUUCCUUCCUAUGGCCUAUGUGAACGUGCAGAUGUGAGCUCCUCUCCUGCUGGGCCCCGAGAGGCUUCUCCCCUCGUUGUCAUCAGCCAGCCAGCUCCCAUUGCCCCCCACCUCUCAGGGCCAGCUGAGGACAGUAGUUCUGACUCGGAGGCUGAAGAUGAGAAGUCAGUCCUGAUGGCAGCUGUGCAGAGUGGGGGUGAGGAGGCCAACCUGCUGCUUCCUGAUCUGGGCAGUGCCUUCUAUGACAUGGCCAGUGGCUUUGCAGUGGGUCCCCUGUCAGAGGCCAGCACCAGGGGCCCUGCCACCCCACCAUGGAAGGAGUGUCCUAUCUGUAAGGAGCGCUUCCCUGCUGAGAGUGACAAGGAUGCCCUAGAGGACCACAUGGAUGGACACUUCUUUUUCAGCACCCAGGACCCCUUCACCUUUGAGUGAUCUCACCCUAGUACAUGCACACACACACGCGCACACACAUAGUCUCUCCUACACACUCACACACACAGGCACUUCAGUGUGGUGCCUGUUCUCCAUCACAUUGGGCUCCAUGAUAUUCUGUUCUCUUAAGAACCGUUUCUGGGUGCCCUGUUUUCAUCCCAAGCUUUCUUACUUCAUCCUCUCCUUCCUGGCUUUUUUGUGUCAGGCAGGAGCCCUUCUCAGAAGCAGUGGCUGAAUGUUCCCCCUGAAAGCGGUUCUGGAAGAGCCAGGAUGGAGGAGACCUUCCCCUGUGGGAGCAGAAUCAUCCAUUCCCAGCCCUGGUUGCUUCUGAUACUCACACAGCCACUGCACACACACUCACACUCACACACACUCCCCUCUCUGAUGCCCCAAAGCCAGUUCUGGGGCACCCCACCCUCUCUUAUUUGGGGCUUAUGUUUGUUUACCCGAGUUUUCUCUGGGGCCUGCGUAGAGGCAGCAUGGACAUUGUGACCUCGUAGGUCUCUUUCGGUUCUCAGCUUCAUUUGUUCCUCUUUCUGCCCCCCUGUUGCCUUCUGCACCCCACUCCAGCCUUUUCCAUAGCCUUAGGUAUUAAGUUUGGAAGUUUCUUUUGUAUUUUGAGGAUUCCUGUACCCUGUCUCCUCCCCCUUGCAGGCCUCCCUGCCUUAUCCCUACUCCCACCCCUGUAACCUCACAUGGAGAGAAAUAAUGUAUUUGUGCCUUCUUUGAGGGAAGGGGGAAAAAAGUGGUCCCAGGCGUCCUUUCCCAGCCCCUCUUCCCUCUCCAGGUACCCCCACAGCAAUAAGAAUCCCUCCCCAUGCCUCUCCCCUCUAUCUGUAGUUUGGAGUUUGGACAAAUAUAUUUAUAUGAUAUGUAAACCAUUGUCAUAAAGUGUAUCCUUUUAUUUCUUUUUUGUUUGUUUCUUUUGAGACAGAGUCUCACUCUGUCACCCAGGCUAGAGUGCCAUGGCAUCAGCCUCACUCACAGUAAACUCACACUCCUGGGUUCAAGGGAUCCUCCUGCCUCAGCUUCCCAUGUAGUUGGGACUACAGGCCCCGCUCACAAUGCUCAGCUUCUUUUUCUAUUUAUAAUACAGACGGGAUCUUGCUCUUGCUCAAACUCCUGAGCUCAAGGAUCCUCCUGUCUUGGCCUCCUAGAGUGCUAGGAUUACAGGUGUGAGCCACAUGGUGACAUGCCUGGCCAUAAAGUGUCUUUUUAUGAGUGUGACUAGAGCAAAGAGGGUCCAGACCUCUGGCUCUUAUAAGCUCGUGGAGGGACGAGGGAAGGAGGGGACUCAUCCCUGCCUUACAGGGGAGAAUGCUGAGCAGUUAUUUUCCCACCGUCCCUCCUAAUGUGCUGGCACCAGUCGGAGGAGGAGAGGAAAGAGCCUUUUUCUCAAGUGGGAGAUUUGGAUUGGAGAAUACUGCAGUGGGGGGAGGAGGAGGCACAUCUGCCUCAGUCCUGCUCAGGGUUUAAUCCCAGGGGUGGGAGUAUGGCACGGAAAAGUUGGACAAGGUUUCCACUGCUCAGACCUUCACCCACUGUAGCAGCCAUCACUGUACCUUAGGCCAAAGGCUAGGCAUUACUUCUGUCAAGGGUGUACACCUUUGAGCAUCCACUUAGUAAAAAAUGCCCUAAGCCCCAUACCUCUAAAAACUGUUUCAUUUCUCCCACCCCUGCGUCUGUCUCUCUUUGUUGCCAUCCCCACAUACCCAUAUGCAUACUCUGACUCCACAGUCACAAAAACACAUCCAUCCACUCUAACCAGCGUCGCAGCCUAUACAGACACAUACACAGCAUCAUAAAGCAUUUAUUAAGGACCUGCGUGCUCACCACGGCUCUCAGCACCGCUCUGCACAAGCAUGUGCUGCAGCCCCCUCGCUCUCCAUCCCAGUGGCUCCCUUAUCAGCCACCCUCCACUCCCUUCAGGGCCCCUGGGUAGACCACCCCCACCAUUUCCUCUCUCCAUUCACCUGAAACCCUCCUGUCUACCCCUCUUCCAACCCCACCUGGAUGACAUCUUACAUCCUUCCUUCUUUCCUCACGUCUCUGUCUCCUAGCAACCCCAUCUCAUUCCCUGAAUCCCUUCCAAGGAAAUUAGAGAUAAUGGAUCUCUCUUCUCUCCAUCUCAACCCC